GCCGUAAAAUGGAACAUGAAGUUAAUAUGUUAUUCAGUGAACUCCUUGGUAGUGCGCAGUCUGAAUACUCACUCAGGAUUGUUAUUUCUUCUCACCGUCAGGUGUAAAGAUCUCUCUCUGUGUUACUGGAAUCACUAUUGGAUGCUGCCCUCUGAUGUUUGUGGAAUGAACUGCUUUUGGGAAGCGGCUUUUAGGUAUAGUCUGAAAACGCAGCCCACUGAGAAAAUGCACCUUGCUGUUGUUGCCUGUGGUGAAAGACUGGAGGAAACUGUGACUAUGUUGAAGUCAGCUCUCAUUUUCAGCAUCAAGCCUCUGCAGGUCCAUAUUUUUGCUGAAGACCAGCUACACGAUAGCUUUAAAGACAGACUUGAUAGCUGGUCAUUUCUACAAAGAUUUAACUAUACUUUGUACCCUAUCACCUUCCCGAGCGACAGCGCAGUGGAGUGGAAGAAGCUCUUUAAGCCGUGUGCUUCCCAGAGGCUGUUCUUGCCGUUAAUCCUGAAAGAAGUUGAUUCACUACUCUAUGUUGACACUGAUAUCCUAUUUUUACGACCUGUUGAUGAUAUUUGGUCAUUACUAAAGAAAUUUAAUUCCACACAAAUCGCUGCGAUGGCCCCCGAGCAUGAGGAACCUCGAAUAGGAUGGUACAAUCGCUUUGCUCGGCACCCGUACUACGGGAAGACCGGGGUGAACUCCGGAGUGAUGCUGAUGAACAUGACGCGAAUGAGGAGGAAGUACUUCAAGAAUGAUAUGACAACCGCACGGCUGCAGUGGGGCGACAUACUUAUGCCAUUGCUUAAAAAGUACAAACUAAACAUCACGUGGGGUGAUCAAGAUCUGUUAAAUAUCAUGUUUUUUCAUAAUCCAGAAAGCCUAUUUGUUUUUCCGUGUCAAUGGAAUUAUCGACCAGAUCACUGUAUAUAUGGAAGCAACUGCCGAGAAGCAGAAGAGGAAGGAGUCUUCAUUCUUCAUGGAAACAGAGGUGUUUACCAUGAUGACAAGCAGCCAGCAUUCAGAGCUAUGUAUGAAGCACUGAGAAAUUGUUCUUUUGAAGAUGAUGCCGUCCGUUCCUUAUUAAAACCUCUAGAACUGGAAUUACAGAAGACAGUUCACACGUACUGUGGGAAAACAUACAAAAUAUUUAUCAAGCAGCUGACGAAAAGCAUCAGAAGCCGUUAUGACACGCCACCAAGGGAAAGGUGACUCUUCGUGCCUGCUGAGCGACAUGGGUGAAGCCGUAAAGCAGCAGGAGAAGUGAAGGAUCAUGGGAGGAGGAUUUGGAAGGCAUUUCUGUCUCCAGAAGAACCGUCUUCUGAAAAAGUUAGAAGAGCAGUAUAUUCAAUACCACGAAGAAUAAGUUAAACUUUUGGGCUCCAGUAAGAAGACAGUUUUGGUUUCUGAUAUUUUGUAACAUUACUUGGUGUCAUUCCAGUGUUAAGGAAAACAUUGAACAGAGUGGCCCAUUGAGCUGUGUUGGCUCUUGAAUCAAGUAAUUAAAAACAGUGGUGGGGGGUGGGUGGAGAAGAUGUACCUCGAACACAGUGGAGACAUUCAAGCUGUGAGUAUGGCAGUAACUUUAUGUCAGCACUAACCUCACUUUAAAGUGUGAGACAAAGUUUACAGGGGCAGAAGAGUUCUGUUUCUUAAGAAAUGUGAUGUAACCAAUGUAACCAUCGACAAUCUAUGUACCCGCAUACAUUUCAUCUCUCUUCUACAAUGUCUUGUGACAAUCAUGUUUGAAAUAAUCUGUAGGUUUUUAUGUAAGCUGCACAUUUAGAAAUUAGCUGUAUGAGGAGGGAGAAAUAGUGAAAACUUGGGGAGGUGUGUGUGUGUGUGUGUGUGUGUGUGUGUGUGUGUGCAUGCGCACAUGUGCAUGUGUGUGCACACGUGUGUGCAUGUUGAAAAAAGUUUUAUUUUAUAUGUUUUAAACUAUCUUGCCAAAUCUAAGCUCUAAGAUAUUUGGGGACAUUUUUGAAAUCACUUUUAAGUGAAAAAUUAACAGCUUUACUGGGCAUUCUGGAAGCAAAUAUGUAUUAUCCUGAUAAUAAAGUGGGAACCUUAAUUGUAGCACUAGCGGGAAAUGCAGCGGACCAAGUCUACAAGCCUGUGAGAUUGAAGUGGUCCAUUUAGACUUUCCUUCUACCUCAAGUGCAUCUAGGAUCCUUUCCAAGAGGCAAAUGCAGAGCCUUACUUUAGAUUAGACAACUGUGGAAGACAGUUCUGAGGAAGAGGAUUUUUAUAUCUAACUGUAGAAAAAAAUCGUUUUGAUAUGGGUAAUGUACCUAUUUCCUGUUUUGAAUACCAUUGAAGACAUUUGCCUUUUUAAGUGGGGACCAUUACCCUUGUCCUUCUUGUCUUGACCCCUUAUGUAACUGUGGAUUCUGAGUGGGUAGCAUGUAUCAUGCUGGGGUACAUAACUCAUCUUACCCAGGGCUCCUGGAUUAUUGUCUUUUUCUCUUGGGUUUUAAUACUUACAUGGAGAAUGGAAAAUUAUGAAGGAAACAUACCAUUUAUGAAGAUCCUGUAUCCUUUACAGUGGAAUAUUCAAAAGCAGUGAUCAUUACAGCUUUUCCACCUUCUGCAGGUCUGCCAGAGACAUACUGAGAGAAGGUUUACAACACAGUUAAAGGUAUUUGUGGCUUUGUGCCCAGAAGAGGGAUUGUGAGCCAGCUCAGUCCUCUAGAACAGAUGGUCUCAGAGGGCAGCAGCCUCGAGUCCUUGGCGGAAUACCGUGGUAAAGUAAGAACCUGUGAGCUGUGUUAACGUUUAGCUUCUUAGAGAAAUGAGAACCUGUCCUCUGAAGUUUGGCUAUAAUCUGAGGGUGCUUGCUAAACACAAAUGGCCUACAUAUACUGUAACUAGGAGUCUCAAUUAUUUGUUAAUUUGAGGAGAUUAAUUUUAAAUGAAGAUCAAGAGAUAAAAUUUUUUAAAUGAAGAAAUUAAAAAUUAUAUGAAGGUGGAGUAGGGCUAUUACAGCUCAAUAGUGAGAGUGCUUGCUUAGUGUGCUCAGGGGCCAGCGCUACAGAAAAUAAUAAAUGACAAGGGGUUGAGAGUCUCGCACAGUGGCGCUCACUCUUCAAAUCUGUUACCGAUCAGUAUCUUACCAUGUUUACUUCAUAUAUUCCUUUUUCUUACACUAAAGUCUCAGGCAUCAUUUUUUGUCCCUGCAGUGAAUGUUUCAGUAAUUACAAGUAACUACAGUAACUACGUUAUAGCUAGCAAAAGUGGCAGCUG